UACAUGAAAAUUUUACUGCAAAAAAGAUGUAUAAUGCAAAGAAUUGGCGUACAAAUACCCCACCAUAUUUCUAUCUCUAAUCUCCCUUAAUUCAUUAAAAGCAAUCUAAACAAACUAAACAUCAAAAAAUGAAUUCUCAUGCAAUAUCCCUCACAUAUACUUCACAAUUUGUGUGCCGUUUUCAAUAUUCAAAAUUACUAAUUUCGUUGAUGAAAUUUCAUAAAACGCAACAAGGAGAGUGUGUCGGUGACCAUCAACCGAAUCACCGAACAAUUCGGAAGCGCGGCCAUGAGUGACAUGGGAACCGAUGCCCGCGAGAAGGGACAUCCCCUUCGAAUGGGAGCGAGAAGUGAGCCAUGGUCGGCGAGAUCAUGCGGAGCUGCAGCGGAAAAUCCCAAAAUCCUCAUGAGCUUCAGAUUGACAGGCUUGUGAUUCUGCGCGAAUUGGGUGGUCGCUUCGGACCCAGCCUACGAGACCCAUUUUCAGAGAUCGUAUUUUACUUGCGAACGAACCCACGAGUUGAGAAAGAUGGCGAACGUUGCAAGCAAGGAACUGCCCUCGCGCAGUCUCUCUUUUCUGCAAGCCACAGAGGGCAGGAAAAGAGACGCCCGUGCAUUGAUUCCUCUGGAAUUGACGGCUUCACUCUUGCUCGGAUUUCUGUCUUCACACGCCUCUGGUUAUGAAUGAAACCCAGAAGCGAUGUUACGGAGAACCUGACAACUAUGAUUCAGGUUCACGUUGAAUAAAUGGUGCACGCGUUUUAGUAAUUGAGGUUAAUUUGAUUAAUCUUUCACUUGUUUUUGAUGAAACUGUACCCGUUCCGAUCACCCAGACCGAGAUUAACGUGAACCUGAUCUUCAUACUCGGAAGCUCUCUCACAGACGAGAGGUUCUAAGAUCCAAUUGGUCCCAAUCUUGCAGCUGGGCGGGCUUCAGAUGUUUGUGCAAAUAUCCGAUGAAACCUUACAUCUCUGAUAAUCUUGCGACAUCGAUGUUUGUGCUUGAGACCGAGAGGCAGAUCGACUUUCUGAGAAGAACCUGGAUACAGAGGGGGUGAAUGUCACCUUCAAGUUUUAGUGUGCCGCUGAUGAUGGUCGCACAAAUUUCAAGCUCUGAGUAGCUUGCAGGAGAAACAUUGCAAUUUUACGUUCAUUUAGCUUCGUCGGUUACAAGCUCUUCACUUCAAGGGAUGGAAUAGUUUCAGGAUAAACCUGUUCAAAGAGUGAUAAACCUCUAUACUACUUUCUCCGUCAUAAAGUUGCAGGGCGUAUAUUAAGAGAUUCAGAUUGACUACUACUUGACUUGUUAAAUUUGGUUACUUUUUCCCAUCUCA